UGAGACCUUUUGCCUCGCGGCCGACCGGCCCCAGCGCUCUCAAGCACGCCCCACCCCCCUGAGGCCUCCGACGUCGUGUGAUCUUUUCGUCCUGGUGGAUGUUUUGAUCGAGAAAAAACGACGCGAGGAGGUCUCUGGGCGGCCUCCGCAGGCCCGAGAGAUGGCCCGCUCCGUCGCCGCCACCGCCGCGGUGCUCCUCGCUGGCUGCUGCGCGCUGGGCGCGCUCUCCGGAGCCUUCGUGCCUCCGCCGGCGGCGAAGGCCGCGCCGCCCGCCGCCGCCCUGGGCGCCGCCGCGCUCGCGGCGCCGCUCGCGGCGCACGCGGAGGGCGACGGCGUGUGGAUCCCGGCCCUCUCUGCGGUGGGGGCCGGCUUCGCCAUCGGCCUGGCCGCCAUCGGCUCCGGGGUCGGCCAGGGCAUCGCGUCGGGCCGCUGCAUCGACGGCAUCUCCCGCCAGCCGGAGGUCGCGGACGACCUGAGGGGCGUGCUGCUCCUGUCGCUGGCCUUCAUGGAGUCCCUGACCAUCUACGGGCUCGUCAUCGCCCUCGUGCUGCUCUUCGCCAACCCGCUCAUCAAGUGAGGGCGCGCGAGCUGAUGUGCGGCUCCGCCCUGUCGGGCGGCGGGCCAACGACGGCCCGCCUUGGGAGCGGU